AUGUGGGUGAAGUACUUCACGAAUCAAGAGCCAAAUCGAGCGGAUCUCAUCAAAAAUUUCGAUGUAAAUGCAGCUAGCGUCGCUGUUCUGACGCAGACUUUCCUGCCACUGUUACGCAAAGCAGCUGCUCAAACGGCUUCGGACGAGUUCUCAGCAGAACGCGCUGCAAUCCUCAACAUUUCGUCAGGAGUUGGUUCUAUCAGUACAAAUACGUCAGGAUCAGGAAACUUUGGGGCGCUGGCCUACAGAGUAAGCAAGGUGAAUAUUUUUCCGGAAGAAGUGGAUUAG